AUGUCGGGCGCCACUGCAGUCUUGUAUCCUUCACACACGCCGUCCUCAUACCACAGGGUCGUCUCGCCGACUCUGACAAUCCCAACAGACCCUCAGAUAUCUGUGCCAGUCGGGCUCUUAGCUUGUCAACGGGACCCUCUGUUACGCGAGUUGGCAACCACGGUUGUAAAUUGUGUGGUUUCGCAGCCGGCUGCACCACCCGCGGGUAAAAAAUCAAAGAAAUCAGUCAUUGCGCCGACAUUACCCCAGGGGCCUAUUCUGCACCUGAUUCUCCAUGACACGGUCAUCUUUCCAGAAGGCGGGGGCCAGCCGACGGACACUGGGGUAAUCAUUGACUCUGAUGGCGAACCCUGGGAGGUACUCCAAUGCAAACGCGACGGGGGCCACGCCGUUCACUAUGUAAAUGUCAGUGAUUCCAUCGACGUGGACGCCGCCGUAGCCAAGUUCACUCCCGGAACAAAAGUAAUCGCUACUCUUGACCAGGCGGCCUUCGACAGGCGAUACGAUCAUAUGUCGAUGCACACCUCGCAGCAUCUUUUGUCAGCAUUACUUGAAACCGAUCUGAAUUUACCGACGCUCUCGUGGUCUUUAACGACGUACCCUUCGCCAUGCUACGUCGAGAUCCUCCGGGGCAUGACCCCUGAGGAGAUCACCAAAAUUCAGGAGAGAGCAAAUAGACUUGUCUUUGAGGGGCGCAAGGUCCACAUCGAAGUCACGGAACUCGAUAGCGCAGAGGCAUCCAGCGUACCGACUUUGGAAGACGGUCGGGCGGCCGGUAAAGCUCUCCCGCAGGAUUACACGGGCGGUGUCAAACGUGUCGUGGUCAUUGACGGGGUCGACCGAAAUCCGUGCUGCGGUACACAUAUGCCUACUUUGCACAAUCUUCAACUAUUCAUCCUACCACACACCGAAGCCUUGUCUCGUUCAUCUACCACGACAGCUCGCCUGUAUUUCUUGUGUGGCCCCCGACUCAUCACGUAUCUGACAAGCACUCACUCACUCUUGACAUCCACCGCGUCCAUCAUGAGCUGCGGGGCCCCGCUUGUCCCCGAACGCGUCUCGCAGGUGAUCGACGACCGUAAGCGGGCGGAGAAACGCGUUGAUGCCUUAGAAACGGAGCUCGCUGGAGGGAUUGCCUCGGGGCUAGUAGCGGAACUCAACGCGAAUGGAGCGGACCAGUUAUUCAAGAAAGGCAUCCAUCGCACCGACGAUUCAUCUAAUCCUCUUGCGUUUCUAAAUGCCAUUUCGUUGGCAUUUUCCAACUCGCUGCCGCCAUCUGCAUCCUACCUUUGCGUUUUGAGCUCUUCGCCGAGUUCAUCAAGCUCAGCGGUUGUUCUCAUCAUAGGGUCCGACGAGAAGCUCGUGAAACAAGCCGCAGAUCUUGUCAAAGAGAAGGUCGGCGUGAAAGGCGGGGGCAAAGGUAAUAGAUGGAGUGGUAAGUUCAUGGGAGCGUGGAAGAAAGACGUCCAGGAAGCCACGGUUCAGGGGAUCUUAGGUGGUAUAGAUGCCUGA